CUCAAAUUCAUGUAGACAGAGACCUCUCUCUUCCCUCUAUCUUUUAAAAAAGAAACAUCUACACUUUCAUUUCUGGGAAAAGUCAAGGAAAUUUUCUCCCGUUGAUUGAGUGUAGAAUUUGCAUAUAUGGCAGAAGUCUCCCAAUGUCCUCUAUUUGCUGAUUAAAAGAGUUAAAGAUUAUAUUACUUCUGCUACUAAUCAAGACUGUCAUAUUUUGGAGCUUAGUAUAAAUCAAGACCGGCUAAGACUGGUGGCCAAGUUGGUCUUCUGUAAGGGGUCUAUCCUCUUUCUCUCCUGUUUGCACUAACUUGAUCAGGUUCUUUCUAGUGUGGGAUUGCAAUGUACUAUCAUUGAAGUCAUGGGCUCGAAUUUGCCGGAGACAUCUUCAAAGAAUCGAAAGAUCUUUGAAGGAGAAGAAAUCACUAACGAAGCACAAGAUGGAAUAAGCCAAUUACCUGAUGACAUUCUGUGUCACAUACUCUCCCUUCUUCCGACUAAAUUUGCAGCACAAACCGGGAUUUUAUCUAAACGAUGGAAGGAACUUUGGCUUUCAGUACCUGUUCUUGAAUUUCAGAUGCAUCUAUGGGCAAAUUAUGAGGGUAACAUGAAAGCUUUUGAUAGCUUUGCAAAGACUAAAAUUGAGAGCUUCACAAAUUUUCUGAAUCGACUUUUGGUUGUUUGUGACACUUCAGGCAUUAAAAAGUUCGGAUUGGUAUGUGAUCACCCGGUUGACCCUAGAUGCCUCGACAAUUGGUUGUCUGCUUUGCAUGAUGUUCAAGAACUUGAUCUUGAAAUAUGGGAGCUCGGGGAGUUCCAGUGGAGUCCCUUUGCAGAUAACUCGCUGGAAAUCUUGAAACUGGGUUGUGGUCUUUUGCUCAACUUCCCGUCUACUGUUUCUUUUCCACGUCUUAAGAUUCUUCAUCUUCAUUCAACCACAUAUGCGGGCAAUGCAUCAGUUGAAAAGUUACUUUCUUCUUGCCCUGUCCUUGAGGAUUUGCAGAUAUCCAGGACGUUACGAAUUUUGUGAUCGCAGUACCUUCACUGAAAAGGUUGGCUUUGGAUUUUUCUACCAAUGAGGGGGAAUUAUACAACGAAGAUGAUUAUCAAAAUGCUGUUGAGCACAAGCUGAUAAUUACUGCACCAAAUUUGGAGUAUCUAAGCCUAGUUGAUUAUAUGUCGGAUUCAAUUCAGGUUAGUUCCAUGGCCAGUGUAACCGAAUCACGCAUUGCUGUUUGCAAAAUAUUAGAAGAUGAUAGUCGGACAGCAGAACAAAUAAGUAACUAUGAAAGCAAUGUAUGCGGAAUAUUUCGAAGUAUCCCGAAUGUGAAGCGUUUAUCAAUAGGCGAAUUUACCAUGGAAUCCACGAGUGAAUCUCUCGAUAGAAGGCUGCCGGUGUUCCAGAACUUGGUCCGCCUGGAGAUCAAUUUGGAUGGGGUGAAUGGCGCUAUGCUACUGCCAGAAUUGCUCGAAAUCUCUCCUAAACUAGAAAGCCUCAUCUUGCCUCAGGGGAUUACCAGUCCAGGUCUAAUGGGGUUUAACCCCCAGGAGAAUCAAGGUAUAAGCUACAGUUGGAAUCCUCCACAAAAUGUGCCUGAAUGCUUGCUAUUUAGCCUGAAUAACGUGGAAAUUCGGCGAAUUACUGGUAGAGUAGAGGAAGAAGUGAAGCUGUUAAAAUAUUUUUUGGAAAAUGCAUUGGUUCUAGAGAAGAUAACGAUUUGUUAUGAAGAAUUUGAGGUUUCCGGCGGACCGAUGGAUACUACUAAUCAUCCAGCUGCUCGUCGGCUUGAUGAUCGCGUGUCCUUCAUAGACAAAUUGAUGAACUGCGCUAAGGGAUCGGCUGCUUGUCAGCUUGACGUCCAAAUGCCUGAACUAUCACUCUGAACCCUCAGCAGAAUGUUGGUAUUGCACCCUACACGCCUGCGCAUGUUUCUUCACAUCUGCUCGUAAAGAAGUGCUUCAAGUGCACUAUUUUUAUCAAACAUGUUUGGGUUACUUUUA